UCCCUUCAUGAGGAAUCUGAGGCACCAUCAGGAACUGUGAAGUUGACUCAUUUCCUACCGUGGCCAUCUCCAUCAAAGAAAAAAUCAGAUCCUGUUUCCCUAGAACAUCCUCGUCGACAACCUUCGGGCCUGACUUCGAUCGGGUGGAUGACGUUGAUCGAAAGCAGGGAAGCGAAGAAACAAAAAGAAGAUGAAGAGAAGCAACGGAGAAUGAAUGAUACGGUGAAUGUGAGGGAAGAAACGAGGGAAGGUGAGGGAGGGGAGACCCGAGUGACCACCAUCAGUGAGCUGACUCUCCGACCCACAGCCAGUGACAAUGAGGCCAACAUCACCUGCCGUGCCAUCCACAACGCCCUCCUCCACCGAGUCCUCGCUCGUAGCGCCAUCUUGUCUGUCCUCUAUCCGCCGGGGCAGCCAGAGAUCAUUGGGUAUCGACAAGGGGAAUCUCUUCGGGCCCCCGAGAAUGUCACCCUUCAGUGCAAGUCCAGAGGUGGGAAUCCACCCGCGGAACUCACAUGGUACAAGAACGGAAUCCGGCAGGACGUCCCUUAUACCCAUUUCGCCAUGUACCAAGGAGCGCCGGAGAGUGUGAGCGUGUUCACGUUCCGAACUCGACCAAGCGACCACCAUACCUCGCUGCGGUGUGAAGCUUCAAACAAACUCACCCCGCACCCUCUCAUUGAACGCCGCAACCUUACAGUUCACUUCGGUCCGGAGAAGGCAAUGAUCUCGGGCAGGAAUGAGGGUCGGGUGGGAGAAGUGUUGACGGAGGAAUGCGUGACGACACCGAGCAAUCCCAGGGCAUCCGUGGAUUGGAUGGUAGAUGGCCUCCAAGUCGGGGGUCCCAGCCCGGCGGUGUCAACCCACUACGAGCGCCACGAGGACGGUGGCUGGGUCACUCGAUCUGUCUUCAAUGUCACGAUCGGGGAACGGGAGAAGAGCCUCGCCCUCUCUUGCCAUGCUACCAACAGCGAACUCGGAACGACCGUCGUUGAGAUGCACAUCAUCCAAGUCAUCCAUCCGCCGAAGAACGCGCCGUCUAUCAUGGGCUACUCGAGUGCGCCGCUGGAGGCGGGGAAUCUCCUUCGUCUCACCUGCAUCUCCAUCGGUGGCAACCCCCUCCCCACUCUCAAGUGGUUCCGCAACGACAAGGAAAUCAAAGAGGGUGUGGUGAACAUGACGAACGGGGAGGUGGCAACAGUGGAAUUGACGAAGCAGUUGGCGGAGGAAGACAAUGGAGCUUCGUGGGCAUGUGAGGCCCACCAUCCCGCCCUUCCCACCCCCAAUCGAACUCAACCCCUCUUCAUCUCCGUCUUCUACCCACCAUCGGACGUGACAAUCGAAAUGAAGCCGGAUCAGAAGCUGCGAGCGGGAAAGACGGCUUCGCUGACAUGCACGUCGGAGGAGAGCAACCCGACGGCCGUCAUGACCUGGUUCCAGAACGGCGUCCGUAUCCCCACCAUUACCGCAUCCGCUGGCUCCGGUGGUGAUACUGCUGCAGUGGUGGAAGAGGAAGAGAUCCCAGGGAGGCACGGAGGGAAUAAGACGCGACAAGUCCUCCGCCUUCCCCUCACCUCCGAGCACGACGACGGGGAAAUCACUUGCCAGGCUACCAAUACACGCCUCCGACUCUCCAUCCACGACGUCCUCCUUCUCUCCGUUCGAUACAAGCCGGUGUUCCCGGAAGAAUCCCUGGAAACGAUCCACAUCACGGAAGGGGAAGCGGCCGUGUUGAACGUGUCGGCGAGAGGGAAUCCGAAGGACAUCACCUACACGUGGGAAGGAAAAGACGGGAAGGCGCUGAAGGGGAAGGGAAGAGUCUUCGCGGAUGGACCGAUCCUCAACAUCACCCGAGCCACCAAGGACGACGAUGGGUUCUUUCAGGUCUCAGCCAAGAACGACGAGGGCAGGGUCAAGAAGAAGAUCCAUGUCUCCGUUAAAUAUCCGCCGGUGAUACGAGAGGUGAGCGAGUUGGCCCCGGUGUCGACGGGGGAUUCGCCGAGCCUCCAUUGCACCGUGGACGGUAACCCGGAGCCUCGGAUCGAGUGGCGCAGACUCGAUUUCCCCUUCUCCUCUCGCACCAACAACGGCACGGCCAAGCUGGAGGGAGAAGGAAAUAAAGGGAGACACGGGUACAGGGGGUACCUCAAUCUCUUGCGCGUCAUCCAGAAUGAUACGGGGACGUUCCAAUGCGUGGCCAGCAAUGACCUCGGCGAGACCUCCAAGGACGUCAAUCUCCUCGUCAAAUUCAAGCCGGAGAUGGAUGGGAUCGACGGGAAGGGGAAGGCAGCGGCAGAGGAAGGCGGUACUGCGGAGUUAGACUGCGUGGCGGAUGGGGCCCCGGAACCCGAAUUCUACUGGCAACGGGAUGGCGCCACUAUCCACCAACCGUCACCACCGUCGUCCUCCACCAACCGAUACUCCAUCUCUAAACACAAGGUGUCCCUCGUGCGAUGGCAGAGCACCUUGAAGAUCUCGAACGUCACGAGCCGCGACUACGGGUCGUACCGAUGCACGGCGCAGAAUGAGUUGGGAUUCGGAACGCUGGAAGUUACGCUGAAUUUCACGUCUCACCCCGAUCCGCCUUUGCACGUGUGGGUGACGAACGUCACCCACCAGAGCAUGGUGAUCCGCUGGAAGCCGGGUUUCGACGGAGGUCUGGUCCAGUUCUUCCGGGUCAGAUAUCGCAUCUUGGAGGAUGGACAACCCGUCGGCGGGUUCCGAUAUCUGGAUGUGGAUCCCGUCGGGGCGACGUCCAUUCGCAUAGACGGUUUAUCACUCGGCACAACUUAUGCCGUCUCCGUCAUGGCAUUCAACAGCAAAGGGGAAAGCGGGUACACCCUACACAGGCUUGUUACCACUGACAACGUGGCUCCUCCGACGUCCUCGCCCUCUGCCACUAACGUGGGUUCGCCGCCACCCUCCGGCUUCCCAUCCGUGCCUCGAUUUCUCAUCGUUGCCAUCACUGUCGUGGGCGUCGCCUUGCUCUUCCUUAACGUUCUUCUUGUCGCGUGGCUCGUGCGUCGACGACUGGAGCCUCCCGUGGAACCGGGUAUGGAAGGGGUGAUCCCGGAGGUGUUGGGCAACAGGAACGACCUGCCCCAGAUUGUCAUAAUUGCGGUGUCCGUGGUCGGGACCGUGUUACUCUUGAUCAAUAUCGUCUUGGUUGCGUGCUUCGUUAGACGGAAGCAGGGGAAGAAACCCCUGGACUCCGUCACCGGAAGUACAACAAGCGAUGGGACGAGCAGCAAAAGUGCAACAAUGGAGAUGUAUCCGCCGAGCACGUACAACGACACCGUAACCGGGGAGACGCUCAGCUCCAUCUCGGAGAAGAGCGAACGUUACUCUCACCACGACGACUCCGGGGAUCCGUAUCCGGAAGAGACGGCGAAGCGAGCACACUGCACCUACCUGAUCGACCAUAUCGAGCCCCCACCGCAGUACGCGACAUAUCCGCCCCCGCCCCCAUCGGACACGGACAGUCGUCGCAUCGCGGUUUCCCAGGAUGUGGAAAGCGAUCGAGAAGUCUACGCCGAGGAACUCCGUCGUAGUGCCUACAACCAAAAACUCGCUCAAGGGGAGCGGCUGUUGAGUCGGCUGGGGUCCCCGUAUCCGUCGGGGAGCAACACCUUAUCGAAUGGAGCCGUUCGAAGCGGAGGUGGAAAACCGGAUUUGUUGGUGGCCAACGGCGGAGGGGGACUCAUGAUGAUGAAUGCUUCUGCAUCUACGCUUCCCCGUGGGCUGAGGGCACCCAUCCUCACUACGUUCCAGCCCACCCCACCACCCACACCACCUCAGUCCGAGGGCCCAGGCCACCUCGUAUGAGGAGGCUUCCGCCCCCCCCC